AUUGUUUGACAUUGAAAUAUUGCAACAAGAAAUUUUACUAGAAAAUUUUGCAUAAUCGUGAUAAACGAUUUCGUAAUUUGAUUAAUUUUAUAUCACAACAUAUUCAUUAUGGUGGGAAAUAUUAGUGAUGUGUACUAUCUCUUACAACUGAUACUUCCAGAAGUUUAUGUUUACAUACGCGAUACUGUUCUACAUGAACUCCCAUGGCCUGGUGAAUCAAACAACGAUGACAUGGAUAAUCUGGAAUCAACUUGUAAUAACAUCCCUAAACAUGUAUCCUCGGAUUUAAUAACUCUACCUUUUAUAUGUGUUCUAUCAUUUAUUAUCCUAAUAAUUUUUGAAAAAUUUUUCAAGAACGAUAAUAAUCUUUAUGCUUCGGAUACUAACAUUUCCAUACCUAACGAUCUGCCAAUGGUAUAUGCGAACUCCAGGAUAACAGAUACUUUACAUUCCUGUGGUGAUACAUUUUUUUCCCAAGAAAUUCUUCAAUCAAGUAAUAGUCCUCUUCAAUCUAUAUGCAUGAAAUCACAGCGAUCAAAGAAUUUGAAUUUACCGGGCUCUUCGAUCGCAAAGGUACAUUCUGAACAUUUGCACCAUUCUCAAAGCACGCAAACGAACUUACGGAUUUUAAAUAAAGCUGUUAAAUCAGAAGAAUGGGUUGUACGACGUACCAGAAGUGGUCAAAUUUAUGGAAAAUAUCCUAGUUUUAGAACACGUCAGUAUAAAGUGCUACACAGUCGGUACUCGGUCCCACGUGGAAUAGACAUAGGAUUUAAAUCUAGAAGAAAUUAAAAUAUUUCAACAACCAUGGUGUUA